AUGGUGCUGAACUUGAGGCUACGGCGCACUGCCUGCAGCAAGCCGUCUCCGUUCACGGGCACAUGGUGCACGAAGGCCACAUCUUACUGUGCAAAGGCAGCCGCCCCCGGCGACGGCCCUGGCUGGGCAGGCCCCCGCGGCGCCGCUCGCAGGCCGGGCGGCGCCGCCGCCAGCUGGCCCAGGAAGCCCUACAACAUCACGGACGAGAUCUGGGAGCAGGUCAGCUUCAUGGAUCACAAGAAGGAGCUGGCGGAGGAGAUGCGCAACAUAGGUGACAAGAUGAUCAUCAGGAGCGCGAGGCACCAGGAUGACGAGUACCAGCUGACGGAGCAGUACGGAGAGUGGGUCGCGAAGGUAGAGGAGGCCCACAUCAUUAAUGAGCAGGUGGAGGAUCAGGAUGCGCAGCGGUGCAGGGGUCGAGCGUCGGGCUUUGGCAUACGAUGGAUACGUGCGAAACCCACACCAGGAAGGACACACAUGAGAUAUGGACCAGCUGAGGAAUGGAGCAUCUUGACUACUGAUUUGGUGCGAUAUCAGUCACUGGUGGUGAAUUGUACGGACGUCAAGCAGCAGAGCAUGUGUGUCAAGCGAAUCCUUAAGCAGAUCGGAGUCCUGAUAGGCAUCCCGCACAAGGACGCUUUUAGCAAGCACGUCACCGAGACCAGCAGCAACAUGUACUUCCACAUGGCAGAGGACAUUCUAGACUUAGACGUGGGGCAGCUGGCAAAUCUGGUUGCCCAAACGGAGGAACACCUGGCCAAGGUUCAGCAGGCGCCCCGUAGAUUCGCGGCGGGGGCCCUGGAGCUGCGCGAGUCUCACGCGUUGUUUUAUGUGGACAAGUGGUUUAUGCACGCCUGCAGCAAGCGCGGCGGGCGCUGCGACGAGGCCGCGCCGGUGUGCUGCCACUGGAGGACGAAGGGCUGGUGCAGGUACCAGGACUUGUGCAAGUUCGCGCAUCCUGAGAACAAGUGCGGCGCUGGGCUGUCUCCGCUGGGCGCCUCGGCCUUGGCCGCGCGUCGCCACCCCGCCGGACGCCCCAAGCCGCGCCGGCCUUCGAAGGCCUAG